AUGAAUCGGAACCAAGCUCAGAUCACCCAGGAGAAUGCCAUGGUCGGAAGAGACGUCCAUCCAUUACAGUCCAACCAGCCAGACGAAGUCAAUUAUGACGAAACGAGAAAGAAACUGUGUGAAAUAUCCUACAUGAUCCUCGACGUGUAUAAUGCAGUGGGCGAGUACGCGCGACCGCCUUGCAAGUGCGAGGACUAUCAGCAGGAACUGCAGCUCCUACGGCAGAAGCUUCAUGGAACUUUGGAGGCCAAUAGAAUUCUUAGUACGGACAACGAGAAACUACGUUUGAGGGUGGAGCAUCAUCGACGACCUCCAAGGCGCGCCCACGGCGCCGGGGGACGAGGAAAUGAUGACCUUUACGCGAGGAUGAAAGAGAUCGAAGCAAGUUUUCAACAGAUCAUUCAAGAUCGGACGAGACCGCUUCCGUCACCACCACCGCCACCACCGCCUCCGCCGCCCCCGCCGCCACCUCCGCCUAAAGUACACCACGUUGCGAAACACGUGAAGAGCAACUUGCAAGAGAAGCUGGAAGGCAAGCCAAGUUUUCGGGAUCGGGUUAGAGCAGUUCUUUUCGAGCCCGGAGACUCAUGA